AUGGAGAGCACUCAGGCCGGGCAUGUGAUGAGUUUAGCGGCUCUGCAGAGACAGGACCCGUACAUCAACAAGCUCAUCGAUGUCACGGGUCAAGUGGCACUUUAUAACUUCAACUCGAAAGGGAACGAGUGGGAGAAGACAGAAAUUGAAGGCACUUUAUUUGUUUAUUCGAGCCCAAAGAAGAGAGACCAGAGCGAGAGGGAGAGGGACCAGAGCGAGAGGGAGAGGGACCAGAGCGAGAGGAAGAGGGAGAGGGAGAGGCCAGAGCGAGAGGGAGAGGGACCAGAGCGAGAGGAAGAGGGAGAGGGAGAGGCCAGAGCGAGAGGGAGAGGGACCAGAGCGAGAGGAGGAGGAGAGGAGAGGCGAGAGGGAGAGAGGCCAGAGCGAGAGGAAGGAGAGAGGAGAGGGAGAGGGACCAGAGCGAGGAGGGAGAGAGAGGACCAGAGCGAGAGGAGAGGAAGAGGAGAGAGACCAGAGCGAGAGGGAGAGGGACCAGAGCGAGAGAGCGAGAGGAGGGAGGACCAGAGCGAGAGGAGAGAGGACCAGAGCGAGAGGAAGAGGGACCAGAGCGAGAGGAAGAGGGACCAGAGCGAGAGGAAGAGGGACCAGAGCGAGAGGAAGAGGGACCAGAGCGAGAGGGAGAGAGACCAGAGCGAGAGGAAGAGGGACCAGAGCGAGAGGAAGAGGGACCAGAGCGAGAGGGAAGAGGGACCAGAGCGAGAGGAAGAGAGGGACCAGAGCGAGAGGGAAGAGGGACCAGAGCGAGAGGAAGAGGGACCAGAGCGAGAGGAAGAGAGGACCAGAGCGAGAGGAAGAGGGACCAGUGCGAGAGGAAGAGGGACCAGAGCGAGAGGGAAGAGGGACCAGAGCGAGAGGGAGAGGGACCAGAGCGAGAGGAAGAGGGACCAGAGCGAGAGGAGGGACCAGAGGGAGGGACCAGAGCGAGAGGAAGAGGGACCAGAGCGAGAGGAAGAGGGACCAGUGCGAGAGGAAGAAGGACCAAGCGAGAGGAAGAGGGACCAGAGCGAGAGGAAGAGGGACCAGAGCGAGAGGAAGAGGGACCAGAGCGAGAGGAAGAAGGACCAGUGCGAGAGGAAGAGGGACCAGAGCGAGAGGAAGAGGGACCAGUGCGAGAGGAAGAGGGACCAGUGCGAGAGGAAGAGGGACCAGAGCGAGAGGGAGAGGGACCAGAGCGAGAGGAAGAGGGACCAGAGCGAGAGGGAGAGAGACCAGAGCGAGAGGAAGAGGGACCAGAGCGAGAGGAAGAGGGACCAGUGCGAGAGGGAGAGGGACCAGAGCGAGAGGAAGAGAGACCAGAGCGAGAGGGAGAGGGACCAGAGCGAGAGGAAGAGGGACCAGAGCGAGAGGAAGAGGGACCAGAGCGAGAGGAAGAGGGACCAGAGCGAGAGGAAGAGGGACCAGUGCAAGAGGAAGAGGGACCAGAGCGAGAGGAAGAGGGACCAGAGCGAGAGGAAGAGGGACCAGAGCGAGAGGAAGAGGGACCAGAGCGAGAGGGAGAGAGACCAGAGCGAGAGGAAGAGGGACCAGAGCAAGAGGAAGAGGGACCAGAGCGAGAGGAAGAGGGACCAGAGCGAGAGGAAGAGGGACCAGAGCGAGAGGAAGAGGGACCAGAGCGAGAGGAAGAAGGACCAGUGCGAGAGGAAGAGGGACCAGAGCGAGAGGAAGAGGGACCAGUGCGAGAGGAAGAGGGACCAGUGCGAGAGGAAGAGGGACCAGAGCGAGAGGGAGAGGGACCAGAGCGAGAGGAAGAGGGACCAGAGCGAGAGGGAGAGAGACCAGAGGGAGAGGGACCAGAGCGAGAGGAAGAGGGACCAGUGCGAGAGGAAGAGGGACCAGUGCGAGAGGAAGAAGGACCAGUGCAAGAGGGAGAGAGACCAGAGCGAGAGGAAGAGGGACCAGAGCAAGAGGAAGAGGGACCAGAGCGAGAGGAAGAGGGACCAGAGCGAGAGGAAGAGGGACCAGAGCGAGAGGAAGAGGGACCAGAGCGAGAGGAAGAAGGACCAGUGCGAGAGGAAGAGGGACCAGAGCGAGAGGAAGAGGGACCAGUGCGAGAGGAAGAGGGACCAGUGCGAGAGGAAGAGGGACCAGAGCGAGAGGGAGAGGGACCAGAGCGAGAGGAAGAGGGACCAGAGCGAGAGGAGAGAGAGAGCGAGAGGAGAGGGACCAGUGCGAGAGGAAGAGGGACCAGUGCGAGAGGAAGAGGGACCAGUGCGAGAGGAAGAAGGACCAGUGCAAGAGGAAGAGGGACCAGAGCGAGAGGAAGAGGGACCAGAGCGAGCGGAAGAAGGACCAGUGCAAGAGGAAGAGGGACCAGAGCGAGAGGAAGAGGGACCAGUGCGAGAGGAAGAAGGACCAGUGCGAGAGGAAGAGGGACCAGUGCGAGAGGAAGAGGGACCAGUGCGAGAGGAAGAGGGACCAGUGCGAGAGGAAGAGGGACCAGUGCGAGAGGAAGAAGGACCAGUGCGAGAGGAAGAGGGACCAGAGCGAGAGGAAGAAGGACCAGUGCGAGAGGAAGAGGGACCAGAGCGAGAGGAAGAGGGACCAGAGCGAGAGGAAGAGGGACCAGUGCGAGAGGAAGAGGGACCAGUGCGAGAGGAAGAGGGACCAGUGCGAGAGGAAGAGGGACCAGUGCGAGAGGAAGAGAGAUCAGUGCGAGAGGAAGAGUCCGCCUCUCCUCACCACGGCUUCACCAUCAUGAACAGACUGAGCACUGAGAAUCUGGUGGAGCCCAUCAACAAAGACCUGGAGUUCCAGCUGCAGGACCCCUUUCUGCUCUACAGGAACGGCAGCAUGGGCAUCUACAGUAUCUGGUUCUAUGACAAGCUGGAUUGUCAACGCAUUGCUAAACUUAUGGUCCAGAUUGUGAAGCAGGAGGCAGAGCGAGCCCAGAGACCGGUCCCGGAGCAUGUGGACCCGACCAGGACCAACGGGGCUCCAGAGUCUCGCUCCAUAGACAUCCUGCAGCUGCUGAGCCAGGCCAAGGCCGAGUACCAGAGGGCUCAGGGUGGAGACUGUGACCUUCCCGUUGGCCCUCAACCCACUAUGAAAGCUGUGGUCCCCCCCAGCGAGCGACCACAUCCUCAGGCAGACAAGCCUGCUCGGGUGGUGAAGCAGAUCACUGUGGAGGAACUCUUUGGGACCACCCUGCCCAAGGAGCCGGCCCUGCCUGCCCAGUCCCGGGCCCAGGCUUACCCUGCUCCUGUGCCCCCCCACGUCCAUUCUCAGUCCCCCCACAGACCCCCCCAUGUCCAGCCUCAGUCCCCCCACGUCCAUUCUCAGUCCCCCCACAGACCCCCCCAUGUCCAGCCUCAGUCCCCCCACGUCCAUUCUCAGUCCCCCCACAGACCCCCCCAUGUCCGGCCUCAAUCCCCCCACAGACCCCCCCACGUCCAGCCUCAGUCCCCCCACGUCCAGCCUCAGUCCCCCCUUAGACCCCCACAGCAGCCGGUCCUCACGGCGCCCCAGGCCAGCCCAGUGUUCCAGCCACUGAGCCCCCGAGUAGACUGCCCUGUGUCUCCUCUUUCACCUCUGCAGCCUCCCCUCCAGCCUCAGCCUUCCCUCCGGCCUCACCCCCAGCCUCCCUCAGUCUUCAUGGGGCCUCAGAUCCUAAGCUCUCUGAAGCCGGAUGUCCACAAACCGGUGCUGGCCCCCAGCUUCAUGCCCAGCACCUUGUUCCCUCCUCACAGCUUCCAGGAGAAGCCUCUCCCACCGCACAACGAUACGCCUGCUCUGGUCAGACCCAUGGUGGUUCCCAUGACUCCUGCAGUGAGUGCUGUUGAAGGCUCUCUCCUCUUGUCUCCAAGUGUGUUUCAACAAUCCUUCAGAAGACCUCCUCCAGCCGCCGCCGUGCCUCCCAUACACACUCAUCCCGGCUCUCACCCCGGAUCUCACCCCAGCUCUCUCCCCUCAAGCUCUCACCUCGGUUCUCACCCUGGUUCUCACCCCGCCUCUCAACCCAGCUCUCACCCCAGCUCUUACCCCACCUCUCACCCCAGUCCCCCUGUGGGCCACGGUGAAACCUUGUCCAGUGAGGCCUCUCUCUGCUCCAAAGCACAGCUACAGGACACACUGGUGCAUCUCAUAAAGAGGACUGGGUGGUCCUCACAGAGACCAGAGGACUCGGUGGUCCUCACAGAGACCAGAGGACUCGGUGGUCCUCAGAGACUAGAGGACUCGGUGGUCCUCACAGAGACCAGAGGACUCGGUGGUCCUCAGAGACUAGAGGACUCGGUGGUCCUCACAGAGACUAGAGGACUCGGUGGUCCUCAGAGACUAGAGGACUCGGUGGUCCUCACAGAGACUAGAGGACUCGGUGGUCCUCAGAGACUAGAGGACUCGGUGGUCCUCACAGAGACCAGAGGACUCGGUGGUCCUCACAGAGACCAGAGGACUGGGUGGUCCUCAGAGACUGUUCAAUCUCUACAGGCUGCCGUUAGAAUUGGACAGCUGCAGCAUCACUGA